UAAUGAAUUUAUAACAUUUUAGAAUUGAAUCGCAUAAAAAAAUGUUUUGUGGUCGUUUAAGAUUAGUUCUACAAACCAAUCCCUACAGUUAUUCAACUAAACUAAAUCUUACAAGAACGAGGUUAAGAAGACCAAGAUUUAGAAAUAAGUUCACAAAAAAUUUUGCUUUUGCGUCAGCACUGGGAGGUUCAGCGCUUGCAAUUGGAUAUAUUGAAAGCAAAAACCCUGAGAUUGGACCUAUUUACAAAUUUGAAAACGAAGAUACAAUUGAUGGAUUACCGUUGGACUAUAAUAUUGGUCGAAUGAAAUCAUAUUUUAAAGAUCGGCCUGGAGAGAUUAUUUUAAGAACUCUAGAGAUAAUUAACAAAAUAGUUCCAUAUGUUGCUAAAGUACUGGUUUGGGAAUAUCUUAUUCGAGGAAAAAUACAGGACCAUGAAGGCCUACAGAAAAAAUAUGCUAUUAGACUAAGGGAGAUUUUAACUGAGUUAGGACCAUGUUUUAUUAAACUAGGACAAGCAAUAUCAAUCCGUCCUGAUAUUCUUCCUUCAAGUUUUUUGUUUGAACUUCAAAAACUUUGUGAUGCAGUUCCUAGUUAUCCGACAGUAGAUGCUAUUGCUGUUAUUGAAUCUGAACUGGGGGUUAAAGUAGCAGACGUGUUUCAGGAUUUAGACGCUAGUACUAGUCCUAUAGCAGCUGCAUCCCUGGGUCAAGUGUACAAGGUGAAACUGACCGAUAAAGACGGUAGCCUGGUGGGGGUCAAGGUUCAGAGACCGGACAUGCAUCAUUACGUUCUAAGGGACAUUUACAUAAUGCGUGGUCUAGCCGGUGCAAUUCAAUGGAUUAAAACUAAACUAUCCAAUCAGCGACCCUACGACGUCGCAUUGCUGGACACCUUUGCCAACGCUACACUCAAGGAGUUGGAUUAUAUAAACGAAGCUUCUAAUCAGAUAAGAUGCAAGGCUGAGCUAGAACCUAGACUGAAAAAUAAGAUUUAUAUUCCUCAAGUUUACUCAAAGUAUACAACAAGAAAGGUACUUGUAACAGAAUGGAUUGAAGGGAAUCAGUUAGCUAAGUCCAGUGCUGAGGUUAUCAAUAGACUUAUUCCAGUUGGAGUAGAGUGCUUCUUAAUUCAGUUGCUUGAAACUGGUUUCUUCCACGCUGACCCGCACCCUGGAAACCUUCUGGUCACUCAAGAUGGCCGACUUGCUCUCAUAGAUUUCGGACUAAUGGCAGAUGUACCUAUUCAGGACACAAAGACGAUGACAUUGACAAUCGUUCAUUUGAUGCAAGGAGAUGUGCCUGGUCUUGUAGAAGAUGCAGUUAACCUUGGUUUUCUUCCUCAAGAUGUAGAUAGGGCUAGUUUGACCCCUAUCCUGCAGAAAGUAUUUGACUCUGCUCAGCUGGCUGUAUCAGAACAAGUCAAACAAACAAAAUAUAAGGCUGUGAGUGGACGCCGGAAACAGUUCUGGGCGGUCUCCUUUGAUCUCAAUAAAAUAUUCUACCUCUACCCUUUUCUAGGUCAGUUACAUUACAGGGGUCUCGGAAAAUGUGUUGAUUUUUCUGUAAAAAGAUAAACAAUGUCGUAAUGG